AUGUCGGUGGAGUUAAAAAGAUGUUUUGUACAAUCCACGGAGAAACGGUCAUUUGCAGAGACUGGGCGGAACUCUGUGGCAGACGAUCAACUUUUAUCUAACGCUGUUCACUUGAUUCGUUCCGUACUUCAUAUUUGUACAGCCACGAACUGUACUCCUCAUGAGCAGAUGUUUUCUUAUCCGAGAAAAUCUACUCCCAGAAGAUCUGUUCCAUCGUGGUUACGGUCUACGAAGCCGAGAUAUGAAAAACCGAACGGUUCUUAUUUUUUACAUUGGAUCUCUUCUUCGCAAUCUAUUCCUUUUUCUUUCUUUCUUUCUUUCUUUCUAUUUGUUCUUUCUUUCUUUCUUUCUUUCUAUUUGUUGUUUCUCUAUUUUCUUACUUUCUUUCAUUCACUUUUUCUUCCUUUUGCUGUUACAUUCUUUCUCGUUGCUUCUUUUUUUCCUUCGUUCUCUUUUUUCUUUUUUUCAUUGUCAUUUCUUUUCUUUCUUUCUCUCUUUUGCUUUCUUUUCCUUCUUUUUCUUUCUUUCUUUUUUCUUUUUCUCUUCCUUAUUCUUCUUUCUUUCUCGUUUUCUUUCUUUUUAUUUUUCUUCUUUCAUUCAUUUUUUCUUUCUUUAACUGUUUCUUUUUCUUUGCGCUUCUUUCUUUUCUUUCUCCUUUUAGUUUCUUUCUUUCUUUUUCUUUUCCCUUCUUUUUCCUUUCUUUUUUCUUUCUUUCUCUUUCUUACUCUUCUUUCUUUCUAUAUUUUGUCUAUCUCUCUUCUUUCUUUCUCUCUUUUCUAUUAUAACUUCCUUCCUUCCUUCAUUCCUUCACUCUCUUUCUUUCUUUCUUUCUUUCUUUCUUUCUUUCUUUCUUUCUGUCUUUCUUUCUUUCUUUCUUUCUUUCACUUAUCUAUCUAUCUCAAUCUAUCUCAAUCUAUCUAUCUAUCUAUCUAUCUAUCUGUCUCAUAUAUUCCUCACAGUCUCUUUCACUCACUCUAUCUAUCUAUCUAUCUAUCUAUCUAUCUAUCUAUCUAUCUAUCUAUCUAUCUAUCUAUCUAUCAGUGUAUCCCUAUCUAUCUCACUCUUUUAAUAUCUAUAUAUAACAGUCUAUUCGCAUUUCUCUUUCUCUCGUUCUCUCUCUCUAUUCCCGUUUCCUUUUCUUUUGUGAUCUGGGUUAUUAACCGUGACUUCCCUGGUCCGAAACCAGCGGACCGUGUUGCAAACUCCAUGCUGCUUUACUUUUCUUAUCUGCCUUCCCCGCAUACACGUCCACGUUUUAGCUUCUUUUCUUUUUCUUUUUUUUUUAAUGUGGGUGUCAAGUGUACUUUUCAGGCUUAUUUCGUCAGUCCAUCAAACAGGGUCUUGUUCUUUUUCUUCACAUUCGCUUUUCAACCUCCAAAAAACUUUUCGUCUAUCUUCUACUGGUCCUGCCGUUUCUUUCUCUUUAUCUCUUUCAGUCUCCUGAAUAAAUCUCGUUCUUUUUUUUUUCUUUCUUUCUUUCAUUCGUUCUUUUUUCUUACUUUCAUUCAUUGGUUCCUUUUUAUUUAUUUCUUUUUUUUCUUUUUUCUUCCGAUAUUUCUUUCCUUCUUUUUUUCUUUCUUUCGUUUUUUUCUUCCGUUCUGUUUUCUUCCGUUCUGUUUUCUUUCUUUCGCUCUUUUUUCUCUCGUUCGGUUUUCUUUCUUUCUUUCUUUCUUUUUUUCUUUUUCUUUCUUUCUUUCAUUCUUUCUUUCUUUCUUUCUUUCUUUCUUUCUUUCUUUGCGCUCUUUUUUCUCUCGUUCGGUUUUCUUUCUUUCUUUCUUUCUUUUUUUCUUUUUCUUUCUUUCUUUCAUUCUUUCUUUCUUUCUUUCUUUCUUUCUUUCUUUGCGCUCUUUUUUCUCUCGUUCGGUUUUCUUUCUUUCUUUCUUUCUUUCUUUCUUUUUUCUUUUUCUUUCUUUCUUUCUUUCUUUCUUUCUUUCUUUCUUUCUUUCUUUGCGCUCUUUUUUCUUUCUUUCGUUAAUUCGUUCUUUUUUCUUACAUAAUUUUUUUAUUUUUUCACUUUUUUCUUCGUUUUCUUUCUAUCGUUCUUUUUUUCUUCUUACUUCUUCCUUUCUUUCGAUCUUUUUUAUCUCGUUCCUUUUUCUUUCUUCUUUUUCCUUUGUGUUCUUUUUUCUUUCUUCCGUUCGUUCGUUCUUACUUUCUUAUAUGAAUUCUUUUUUUACCUUUUUCGUCAUUUUUCUUUCGUUCAUUUCUUUCUUUUUUCUUCUUUCUUCUCUUUUUUCUUUCUUUCGUUCUUUUUUCUUUCUUUCAUUUUUCGCCCCAUUCGCUUUUCUUUCUGUUUUUUCUUUUCUUCUCUUCUUUCUUUCUUUCAAUCUUUUUUCUCGUUCCUUUUUCUUUCUUUCAUUCUUUUUUUUGUAUUUCUUUCGUUAUUUUUCUUUCGUUAUUUUCUUUCUUCUUUCUUUCUUCCGUUCUUUUUUUUUACUUCGUUUCAUUCUUUCAUUCUUUUUCUCUCGCUCUUUUUUCUUUUUUCUUCUUUCUUUUAUCCUUUUUUCUUCUUUCUUCGGUUUUCUUUCUUUCGUUUCUUGUUUUUUCUUUCAUUUUUUCUCUCGUUCCCUUUUCUUUCUUUCUUUUAUCUUUUUCUUAUUUCUUUCUUUUUUCUCAGUCACUUUUUCUUUGUUUUAUUUAUUCUUAGUUAUUUUUAUUACUCUUCUUUCUUUCCUUUUUUUGUCUCUUUCUCUUCCGCGUACUAAUGUUUUUUCUUACUUUCACAUAACCUUCUGUUUAGUUUACAUUUUAAUUUUCCUUCCUUCCUUCAUUUCCUCCUUCCUUUCUUUUGUUCUUUCUAUCCUUCUCUAUUCCUCAUCCGUCUUUCUUUCAUCUCUCUCUCUCUCUCUCUCUACUUUCCUUUCAUUGUUCGUUUUUAUUUUAUUCUUUCCUCCUCCCUACUUUAUUAAUUUUCAUUUUUCUCGCUUUCAAUACAACUUUCCUUAUCUCUACAUAUUCUUUCUUUCCUUUCUUUCUUUCUUUCCUUUCUUUCUUUCUUUCUUUCUUUCUUUUUCCUUCUUUCUUUAUUUCUUUCUUUCCUACCUUCUUUCUUUCUCUCUUUCUUUCUUUCAUUUUUUCUCUCUUUUUCUCUCUUUUUCUUUCUUUCUUUCUUUCUUUCUUUCUUUCUUUCUUUCUUUUUGCUUUUCUCCGGUCUUUUUUCUUUCUUAA